CGGUCUGCUUCUCUUUCUUUGCGUAUCAGCACCAGUUCGCCGAAGAAGAAAAACAUGCGCUUCCUCUUGGUCCGGAAAGCGUGGAAGUAAAUGUAUCUUGGUAAAUAAAUGUUCGUUUUCUAGCUACAAAAUUAUUUUGGCAAGAUGGUUCGAAAAUUGAAAUUUCACGAGCAGAAGCUUUUGAAGAAGGUUGACUUUAUCAACUGGGAGGUAGACAACAACCUGCACGAGGUGAAAGUAUUGCGAAAGUAUCACAUCGAGAAGAGAGAAGACUACACUAAGUGAGUGUGCGGUUUUAUGGCCUUUUUUUAUGUCUCCAGCUAUAUGUAAAAUGUGUUUAAAUGAAUCAAUUAAGGUUUGGAUGUGAAAGUUAUUGUUCAUUUGCUAUAUAGUAGAAUAAGGGUGACUAUUCCUAAUUCUUAAAAGGCCUACCUACAGGCUGCAUUCUAGUUCAAUGAUAGCCUCGAUAUAGGCGAACAUCCAACCCUAUUUUCCCAUCUAUUAUAUUCAUAUUUGUUCUAUAUGGAGGCAGUUUUAGCACUUUGACAAUCCCUAGAAGGCUGUCCCUACUCAGGAGCCUCAGUGCUUUCUGAUUAGCCACAGUCUGCUAACGUUAUCUCCAUAGGUACAAUAAGUUGAGCCGUAACAUCAGAGAGCUUGCUCAGAAGAUACGUGAUCUGGACGAGAAGGAUGGCUUCAGAGCCCACAGCACAGGUCAACUACUUGAGAAACUGUGAGUAUCAGUGUGACCGGGCUGAAUUCGAACCAGGUCCCCUGCGCUCAUAGGAAACUUGUCUGUCAUCUAAAAGUAAAGUGGGUAACACAGAUUUACUACAGUGAUUAUGGUGUGAACAUUUGCAUCUCUUCUUAAAGGUAUGGUACUGGGCUGAUCCCCACCAAACAGAACCUGGUUCUCACAGAGAAAGUCACAGCCUCUUCAUUCUGCAGGUGAAUAAACCCAUUCCAUCUCUCAAUAACAAUAGUAAGAGUAAAACUAGAUGUUGCAUUCUACCCAUCACUUGUAAUACCUCUGGCUCAAUUCUCAAUCUCUGAUUUCCAGGAGGCGGCUACCCACCAUAAUGGUAAGCUUACGAAUGGCUCAGAACCUGAAGACUGCCAAUCACCUUCAUCGAACAGGGACGUAUCCUUCAUACGGUCACAGUACGAGUGAUGUAGUGCCUGUGUGCAUGCUGUGGCAAUGGUGUUUUUUUACCCUCUUGUAGGGAUCAUAGAUUGAAAUGUCAAUUAGAUUGGUCUUCUGUGAUGAAUAUCAAUGUAGUGCUUUGUGGCCUUGACUGUACCUUAGAUGUGCGUGUGGGACCAGAGAUUGUCACAGACCCAGCUUUCCUUGUCACUAGGUAAGUGUUGGGUUUUGUCUGACUACUUCUGGUACAUAUUUUUUCUGACAUCUUGUCAGUCCCCAAAUCCUAAAUGUUUUAUUCCAUCAGAAAUAUGGAAGACUUUGUAACAUGGGUUGACUCUUCAAAGAUCAAACAGCACGUCAUGACCUACAAUGAUGAGGUGAGAGAGACCACGAUCUAACAAACAAACUGAAUUUUGUCAAGACUUCUUGACUCUGUUUGAAUAUAAGAUUGUCUAGUCUAUGAUGGUAAAUCCUGUUGUACACAUAGGGUUUCUGACUGUCUCAGUGUUGCCUUUUGUUUUCCAGAGGGAUGACUUUGAUCUUGUGGUGUAGACCUAUUCACCAUCAGGUCAUUCAUCACCCCUGGGAAGGACGAGGAAUGUGAAGAGGCUUGCAUGUGUGUGUGUAUAACAAGUAUGAGCAUUUGUAUGGGUGAGCCCAUGUUUGAGCGUGUAUGUUUGACUGUGCAAGUGUGUGUGUGUGUGUGUAUUUUUUGUUGGGGAAGGGAGUGUUAUUUCUAAUUUCAACAUGUAGUGUUUAAUUUUUUUAAAUAAACAUUAAGAUAGUAAAUAUACAUUUCAACAAAUCAUAUUUUGCAGUUCUGUAACCUUUGUAAACAAAACUCAACUUUUUUGCCAUGUUAGAGUUUUCACACUUACGACCAUUUGCAUAUAGAUAGAAUUUUCCUUCACAAAGAGACAUUGUAAAAAAUUAAGUAACGGAAUAAUGUAAACAAUGCAUUUUCCAUCUCUUUUAUGCUCCAGCUAAUGGGAUUGUACAAGCACUAUGAAUUCACAGAAAGCUCCACUUGGCUCACAUUAUCAACCACAGGGCAGUAUCUUUAUACAGGUAUUGUAGGGCCCUGUGUUUGGUUAAUCAUGUCACAUGACCUGGAUUUUAACCUUUAAUUUAAAGCUGUCUGUCAGA